AAAUAUUGUUGGGUAUUCUCUCUUCUAUCUCAUCUGCUUGAGAUAGAAAUCGGAAGUCCCUCUAUUUGUUGUUAAAAUAAUUUGUAGUUUUCUUCCAAGAAUAUCAAAAUGGUUUUCAGCGGGACAACCGACAAAUGCAAGGCCUGCGACAAGACCGUUCAUUUCAUCGACAUGAUCACUGCCGAUGGGAUCUCUUAUCACAAGACUUGCUUCAAAUGCAGCCAUUGCAAUGGGAAACUUGUGAUGGGGAACUACUCAUCUAUGGAUGGAGUUCUGUACUGCAAGCCUCAUUUUGAGCAAUUGUUCAAGGAAACAGGAAGUUUCAGUAAAAAUUUCCAAACAGCUGGAGAAAAGAAAACCGGUCAGGGUGCAACUCCAAACAAGGUUGCUUCCAUGUUCUCCGGCACCCAGGACAAAUGUGCCACCUGCCACAAAACUGUCUACCCCUUGGAGAAGAUUUCGAUGGAAGGAGAUUUCUAUCACAAGACAUGCUUCCGAUGCGCCCACGGCGGCUGCGUGCUGACCCAUUCUUCCUACGCCGCCCUCAACGGCGUGCUCUACUGCAAGCACCACUUCGCGCAGCUCUUCAGGGAGAAGGGCUCUUACAGCUACAUCAACAAGAAGAGCGCCGCCCACGCGGUCGAAGAAUUCAAAUCCGAAGGCGAAGAAGAAGAAGAUCACAACCAAGAGGAAGACGACGACGAGAAGUCCGCCACGCCAAGGGCGCCGCCGGCGGAAGAGGAAGAAGUCAAAGAGGAGCCCAUUGCUCAGGAGCAGUAGACGGCAUAAGGUUGAAACUUGAUUGCAGAGAGAGAGAGAGAGAGAGAGAGAGACAGGGGAUUUGUCGAGUUAACAAAUUUGUACUUGGGGUGUUCAUUUUUUUUAUGUUUAAAAGAGAUUUAACACAACUUUCUUUUUUUGUUCCUUGUUAUAGACCGACUUCCUUGUUUCCAAUUCGUUAAUUCUUUUGUAUGAUCAUGUAAUAUUGAUCACUAAUACCAAUUGGGUGCCUGGAGUAAUUUUACCCUGCUCACAAAUACUAGUGCUGAAUUUGUAUCAUAAAGAAACUUGUGUUGAAAGGUAGAGAUUCAGUUUGUAUCAUAAAUGAAUUUGUACAAAAACAACAUUGAAAGUACAAAUUCAAUUUGAGAACUUCUUCCUUGGCAAGCAU